AUGAAACAACUCCGAUCACUGAUUCGCGUUCGAUUGACAAAAUACUUUCCCAGCGAUCGAUACCUCAAAAAUCGAUGUUCCGGCGCCGACGGCGUACUAAUCGAUAUGGAGAGACGAGCGGAGCGAGCUGAUGAUUAUAAGAUUUCCAGUUUUAUGAAAUUGAGAAAUAGCAAAUUCGCUCUACCGAAACUGCUAGCCGACCCAGUCACCAACGACACGCCCAACCCAUGGCUUCCCCGGCUUGUCGCCGAAAAAUCGAUCGAUGGAAUCGUAAUUCGAAAUUUCGAGAAUUCCGAAGAUCAAGAAUCUUGGGAAUCCAACAUUUUGACGAUGAUUUGGGACCCCCGGGAGCGACGAAUCACUCAUUCGAUUAUUGGCUAUCACCGAAUCAACGACGGCGAUAUUCUAUGGAAUAGUAGCAUUCGGACAGCUGUACAAGGAUCCCUAGAAAACGACAUUCAGCCGUUGGCGGCGAGAACGCUGGUUUUCAGGGAUAUCAAGACCGCCACCCACGAAUUCAAGAUUCUUCGACAGAUCGGUUUCACCGGCGCCGUGAUUCGGAAUCCGAACCUUAUUGAUAUGACUAACAAAGUUUUUGAAAAAUAA